AUGGCAGCCGGAGCCUCGGAACGCAGCCGCCGAGCGCGUUCCGGCAGCCGCCUCGGUGCCAGGGCGGCGGGGCGAGCUGGGGCCAGGGCUCGCGCCUGCCCGCCCCAGCAGCCGCGCGGCCCCGGGGCGCGAAGCCGGAGACGGAUGGGUCCUCGCGGCGGUGCCCCCCUGGCCGCGCCGGCAGGCGGGCGGGGCCGCGGGCCGGGGGCGCGCGGCGGGGAGCGCCCGGGGCGGCGUGCCCGCGGGGGCGCGCACGCGGGGCUGCGGGGCGAGCAUGCACCGGGCGCGCGGCGCGUCUGUGCCAAGCCGCCGCCGCCGCAUUCGGCGCCCGGGCCGAGCCAGACGAGCGGCCGCGCGGCAGCCGGGCCCACGCUGUCCCCGCGCCCGCCCGCCCGCCCGCCCGGCGGCGCCCAUUGUGCCCGGCCCGCGCCGCCGGGCCGCCCGGAGCCCGCCCGCGACCCGCAGCGCGCCCGACGACCCGGCCCUGCAAGUUCGGGCCCGCGCCGCCCGCCCGCCGGGGAAGCACGUGAACUUGGAGAAAGUCGCGGGGCGCGCCGGCCCGGACCUCCGCGGCAGGGCGUGGGCGCCCCCGGCGCGGCGCGCUUUCGUUUUCGUCCCGGACAAAGGUCCCUCGAGGCGCUAGUCUCGGAUGCGGAGACCGGGUCCUGCCGGCCGCUCCUCCCGAGAGGUCCGGUGGUUCCGUACGGGCAAGCCGGAGUCACAGAGGAGGAGCGGCGCGGUGCGGGACCGGGAGAGUGGGGCCUGGCCGUGCGCUUCGCCCGGCCGUCUCCGUCCCGGAGCCGUCCCGCCCUGCGAAGAGUUGCGGGAGGUGGCACCGCGCUGCUCUCUGCGGUUCGCACACGUGAAGGAGGGAAGCGUUUGGGACCCAGGACGCAUACCCGUCGCUCGCCCGGGGCCUGUGCGGUGUGGGCACCACAGCGCAGCGCUGGCUGCGUCCGGGCGCGUUCCUCCGGCAAGGGCAGUCGACCUGCGAGUCCCGGGGUCACCAUCGGGUUCCGGGCGACUCCUGAGGAUGGACUCACCCCUGCGUCCCAUCACCUUGUUCUGCAAGUGACCCCUGACGUUCAGACGACUGACCGUGCACCACCCUGAGGUCGAGAAGCGGUGUCCGGAAGGGGGCUUCCGUCCACGGUCGGCCUUCCUCGCGGCCCUGCCGUCAGCCACGAGGGUCCUUGGACGGAGAUGUAACGGUCCCACUGCCGAACCUUUGCCCAAGCCGUGCCCUGCACCCGAAGCCACGCCUCCUUUUCCUGCCACCUCCGGCACACUCCCCCAGGCGACGCGCUUCGUCCACCCACCACGCGCUUGUGACGCUGUGCCGUUUGACGGUUACCGGACGUGACCCUGAGGAGCCCUGGUCUGUUAGAGCGGAUGCAAGCGGGGUGCUCGGCUCUGUCUCUCAGGUGCACCUGCUACCCUCGGGCUCACCUUGCCUGGAGGGCCUCUGGGGCCAGGAAUCCUUGAGGGAGCCCCUUGGCUCUGCCCAGCCGUGAACCAGCCCUCGACUGCAAUCCUGAUGUGCCUCGGCCGCCCGCCACCGGCCCAAGAGGCCACUCGGUAAGUCCAGCCUGGAAAAAGAACAAAGGGCGAACGAAGGAAGCCAAGCGACCUGCUUCUCAGGCUGGGCUGGAGGGCGGGGAUGAAGCAGGGGUACGUGUGGUGACCGCCAGGGUGGACCAGGAUGAGGGUCUCUUCCCGUCUCCCUGUCUGUCCCCACCCCGCAGGGCCCGGCCCGCGGCCCGGCCUGUCGUGCCGUCUGUGUCUCCCAGCUGGGGCUGGGCCCUCCCUGCAGCCUUAGCACAUGGGUGUCUCAGCGGCCGACCCUGGAGCCCAGAGCCCGUGCUCGGGGUCCCUCCCCCUGGGACGUUCGGGGGAGUCCUGGGCUGGGAGCCUUGGCCAGUUUUCUCCCCAGCAGUGAGGCCAACAGCAGUCAGUCUCCCCACAGCACAGUUGGGCAGGCGCCCAGGGUGCUUAGGGGCCGGGCAUGAGACCUCCGUCUGCAGCAGGGGGCAAAAAGCCAAGCCCAGCAGAGCCCAAGAGCAAGCCCCCCGCCCCCACCACACACAUGGGGCAGAGGCCCCCACCGGUCUGAGCCUCCGUUUCCUCACUGCAAAAAGGGAUCAGUAAUCCUAGCUUCACCAGGCCCGUGAGGGCCAAAUGGCACGGCCCAGCCUGGGGCCUGCCUGGAGGAGGCAGCCUGCUAGGAGGGGUGUGGAAGGAAGCUCAGAGCCCUUAUACCGCUGGGCGGAAAGCAGAAUGUCGUAACCUCCCCUCUGCCGCCUGUCAGCUGUGUGACCCUGUGAAGGUGAGGUUACCUCUCUGGGCCCCAGUCUGCUCACCUACAAGAUGGGCUGACAGUAGUCCUUGCCUCACCAGCUUUUCCUCGGGGGCCCCCGGCAAGGUGGCGGCCGUGGUGGACGUUUAUCCAGGCUGCCUGUGCCUCCGGGCACUGAAUGCCGAGCCCUCCAGGGCCUACGGUUGUGCCCCGGCUGCCUUCCCCAGGGGAGCCAGGUCCCUUUGGAAAGAAAGAACAGCGUCCUGGGAUGUCUCCCAAAGUGGGGACAGCUCAGGUCACUUGGAACAGCGGGACCGGACUGACCAGAGUCUAUGGGGAAGGCCGCCCCUCCCCCCGCUGCCACCCAGUGGGUGGAGGGAGCAGGCCCUGAGGCCACCCGCGCGUCUCGGGCAGCCAGAGAGGGGAGGCUGUGCUGUCAGAGGGCGGGCGGCCAGGAGGACACGGCACCUUUUGCCACAUGUUGGCUUCUAAGUGACAGCCUUCCAGUGUCACCCUUGCAGCAGAUGUCCCUUGGCCACACGGUGGCCACUCCGUCCGGAUGGGAGUGAUCAGUCACCUGUAGCACUUGCCCAAAGCCACACUGCAAUGCUUGUCCCCUCCCUCCGUCUCCUCUCCUUCUUCCUCUGGUUGGUGGCUUUCUCCUGCGGGACCCCCUCUGCGCGGCGGCUCUGGGGAGUACGUGGUGCCCGGGGCCCCUGCUGGCCUGCCUGCCGGAGUCCCUGAGCCCUCGGCGCCCGCCGGCCUGGCCCCCCCCUCCCCGCAGCUCUCCCGCCCCCUCCAGGAGGUGCCUCUGAAGCCGCGAAGCCCGUCCCUGCGUCACGACCAACGGUCCUUUGGGGUGAGGUAGUAGGUUGUAUAGUUUGGGGCUCUGCCCUGCUCUGGGUAACUAUACAAUCUACUGUCUUUCCUGAAGUGGCUGUAAUCUCGCCGAUGGACAGCACCCGGGACCCUGGCUGGGCGGAGAUCUGGGUGCAGGUUGGGGAUGGGUAGCGGCCGUGGUAGGGUGGGGUCGGUGGCCGCCGGGCAGGAAGUCGGGCGGGCCUAGGUUCCACUUGCCGUGUGACCUUGGGCAGGUCGCCUUUGACCUCUGGGCUUCACUUCCCCCGGCUGUGAAAUGGGGACCAAUGAGGAUUGAAGAUGAUACCUUGUAAAGUGUCCAGAGCGGGGCGGGGCUCAAAGCCGACCCCCUCCCCCUCCCUACACUGCGCUGAGAGCCGCCCCCGUGGCCGGCCGUGGGCACCAGUGGGGCGCAGCUGUGGACCCAGAAGGACGAGGGGCAGCUGAGACUUGGCUGGGGUUGCAGGGCUGGUCCCCAGGGACUCCCACGGGCGACCUUAGCGCACCACCCCCCCCCCCCCCCGCCAUGUCCUUCCCAGCCUGCCCGGCUCAGCGUCUGGGCUCUGGUCAGCGGUGGGACGUCCCCCAGAGAGGGAGGCCGAGGCCGCCCCAUUCCUCCCCACUCGCCAUUCCAGGCAGGAAAGCGGGAGGAAGGCUCCCCGGAGUCUGGCCCCUUGGGGACACACGCUCCCUACCCACCCCCCCCCCCCCCGCCCCCGACAGCUCGUAGGUGGAUGGCGUGGGCCUCACUGUGUGUGGGGAAGCCCACGGGCCAUCUGCGUCGUCACUCCUGCCCUGCACCUGCCCAGCCUUCCAGCUCGGCUCCGGUGGCCGCAGACCACCGGGCAGGGGCCGGGGCUGGGUGCGGGGCAGUGGCGGGGCAUCGGAGCCUCCCGCUCCCCGGGCACCGGCGGGGUGAGGUAGUAGGUUGUGUGGUUUCAGGGCAGUGAUGUUGCCCCCUCGGAAGAUAACUAUACAACCUACUGCCUUCCCCGAGGAGCCCAGCGACACGUGCCCGCGGGAGGGCCGCCCCCACGGCCAGCAGGCGACUCCGGGGCCCCGAGCGACGGGCCGGGCGGGCGGGAGGCUGCAGCGUGCACUGCUCGACUUCAAUAAAGGCUGUUCUGAUGUGA